AGCCUUUAUUUCUCAGUUUCUCUUCAAACUGGCUAUUCAUUGGCGUCAAAGGAACCCUCUGCAGGAUAGCGUCAUACAGCUAUUUUGUUGAGAAGUUUAUCAAGUGGCUGUCUCCUGUCUCUAUAGAGCCAAUAAGAAAGCUUCGCUUCUUUUUUAUCCUAUUUCUUUUAUGGAUAAGUUUUUCUAUCUUUCUAGUACUGUUUAGGCUUAGGUUUCUUAUAAUUUCAGUUUGGAUCCCAGCUUUUAUUCGUUGAUCUUUUGCAGGAAGGUGCACAUAUUGUUUCCUUGCCUGCUUACUUAAUUAAAUACAAAAGAUGCCAAGGGCAAAGGCAAAGUCUGCAGCAGCACCUAAGGUGGAUCUUGAAAAGCUAGCUGAACCUAAAAAGUUGAAUGAUUCUGAUGAGAGGGUGGAUCUUGAUGGAGAUACUGAUAAUGAGGAGGUUGUAGAUGAAGAAAGUGAGUAUGAAGAAGUAGAGGAAGUGGAAGAAAUAGAAGUAGAGGAAGAGGAGGAAGUGGAAGAAAUAGAAGAAGAGGAAGAUGUAGAGGAGGAGGAGGAGGAGGAGGAAAUGGAAGAAGAAGAAGAAGAGGAGGAGGAUGGGUCAGAUCUUCCUAGUGAGGCUGAUGCUGAAAAGAGCCUCAUCGGUGGUAACAGAAAGGUUGAUCAUGAAGAUGAGUGUAACAAGCAUGCUCAACUUCUUGCCCUGCCUCCUCAUGGCUCUGAAGUAUAUAUUGGUGGCAUUCCUCAAGAUGCUUCUGAGGAAAAUUUGAGAGGCUUUAGUGAAUCUGUAGGAGAAGUCACAGAGGUUAAGAUAAUGAAAGGAAAAGAAGCGGGUAACAACAAGGGCUUCGCUUUUGUAACUUUUCGAAGUGUUGAAUUAGCAGCUAAAGCAAUUGAGAAGCUGAAUAAUUCUGAAUUCAUGGGGAGAAAAAUAAAAUGUUCGAAAUCUCAAGCAAAGCAUCGAUUAUUCAUUGGUAAUGUUCCUAGGAACUGGGGAGAUGCAGACAUAAAGAAGGCUGUGACUCAGGUUGGGCCUGGAGUUACUUCUGUGGAACUGGUCAAGGAUAUGAAGAAUCGAAACAAUAGCCGUGGCUUUGCCUUUAUAGAUUAUUAUAAUCAUGCAUGUGCCGAGUAUUCAAGGCAGAAGAUGAUGAAUUCAGAGUUCAAGCUAGAUGAUAAUGCUCCAACUGUGAGCUGGGCUGACCCUAAAAAUGCCGAUUCUUCACCAGCUUCGCAGGUGAAGGCAGUGUAUGUGAAGAAUUUGCCGAUUGACACAACCCAAGAUAUGAUGAGGAAACUAUUUGAACACCAUGGGAAGAUCAUAAAAGUGGUCCUGCUACCAGCAAAUACCGGACACGGAAAGAAUAGAAUUGGUUUUGUGCACUUUGCCGAGAGGUCCAGUGCUCUGAAAGCACUAAAAAACACCGAGAAAUAUGAAAUAGAUGGCCAACUACUGCAGUGUUCUCUUGCUAAACCACAGGCGGAACAAAAGUCUGUGGGAGGGUCAAAUUCUCAGAAGUCUGGUUUGCUUCCCAGUCAUCCAUCUCGUGCUGGUUACGGUUUGCUUGGGGGUGCCUAUGGUGCUCUAGGGGCUGGUUAUGGUGCUGCAGCCUUUGCUCAGGUACUAUGGUGGUGCCGGUGUUUGUCGAAGCAUAUGUGGUGGUGGUCUGUUUGUGGUACUGGUGUGGUGUCGUUGCUUGUCGAAGUAUAGUGGUGGUGGUGGUGAUACUAUCAUCGUGGUGGUGGUGGUGGUAUUGUUGUGGUUCUGGUGUUUGUCGAAGUGUAGCGGUGGUGGUGAUACUGUUGUGGUGGUCGCCAUCUUCUGUUCUUCGCCGCUGUCUGUUAUUCGUCGUGGUGGUUGCCGGAGUAGUGGUGGUGGUGUUGGCUGUUGUGGUGGGCCGCUGUUUGUAGUGGUGGUGAGGCACAGUCAAGACCAGGGUUCGCUGAAACCCUAAUAAACGAAUGAAGAAUACAAGGUCCAGACCCUUGUUCGGACCCGAUCCUGAUCCAGCCUAAUUAAAUCGGGUCCAACCCCCUGGUUCAGCCUAGACCGAAUCAAUCCCGGUUCGGUCCCUGUUCAUCGGUCAAGUGAGUGUUUGUAGUCCAGUUCAGAUAGUUCUGCACCAGUUCAUAUCGGUUCAGUCAGUUUUCACCCCGGUUCAUCGGUCCAGCAUGCCUAAUCAGUUCGGUUUAGUGAUUCAGCGAGCUAAACCAGCCCGGUUCAGUGGUCCAGUUGGCUUAGCCUGUCCAGUUCAGCAGUGUAACUCUUCUGGUUCAACCUAUUCUCUUCCAGCAGCUUGUUUUCCUGCCCGAUUCAGUGGUUCAGAGGGCUUAGCUUGUUCGGUUCAGCAGUGUAACUCUUCCAGCAGCCUGUUUUUAGGCUUAGCUUGUUCGGUUCAGUAGUGUAACACUUCCGGCAACCUUUUUUUCUUCUGGAUUAUUCUAGCAGCCUGUUUUUCUUAUGGAACCCAAGCAAGAUUCUAGGGCACUUACUCUAUCUUUGCCUCUUCCUACUAUUAUCAAUGGUCCCAUGACCUCUGUUAAACUCAAUGGGACCAAUUAUACGUUAUGGUCCUGGUCUGUUCAAAUCUUUCUUCGAGGCAAAGGAUUUAAAAAAUAUUUGGUGGAUCCUAAACCCAAGGAAGAUAGUCUUGGU